AUGGCCCAGCGCGGCGGCUCCGCGGCGCUCCCGGACAACCCCUUCCAGGAUCCCGGACCGGAACACGCGGCGCUGGACGACUACAACCCCUUCGGCAGCAGUGCGCCGCCGCCGCCGUACCAGGCCCCGUCGGUGCCGCCGCUCCCACCAGCCGCCAGCAUGGCCCCGCCGCCGGCCGCCGCGCAGCCCCCGCGGAAAGCCAGCCCCACCGAGCCCCGGAACUACGGCUCGUACGGCACGCAGGUAACGGGGCGGGGGGGGCAGGGGACGGCCGGCGCGGGGGCGGCGGGAGAAGGCGGCAGCCCCAGGGCCUGCGCUCCCCCGCAGGCCUCGGCGGCGGCCGCCACGGCCGAGCUGCUGAAGCGGCAGGAGGAGCUGAACCGGAAAGCGGAGGAGCUGGACCGGCGGGAGCGGGAGCUGCAGAACGCGGCCCUCGGCGGCACCGCCGCGAGGAUGAACAACUGGCCCCCGCUGCCGUCCUUCUGCCCGGUGAAGCCUUGCUUCUACCAGGACAUCCCGGUGGAGAUCCCCGCCGACUUCCAGAAGACCGUUUCCACCAUGUAUUACCUCUGGAUGGCCAGCACCAUCGCUCUUUUCCUGAACUUCUUGUCCUCGCUGGCCUGGUUCUGCGUGGAGCCCUCAUCUGGUUCUGGGUUUGGCCUCUCCAUUCUCUGGGCUCUCCUCUACACGCCCUGCUCCUUUGUCUGCUGGUACAGGCCCAUGUACAAAGCUUUCAGGAGUGACAGUUCCUUCAACUUCUUUGUCUUCUUCUUCGUCUUCUUUGCCCAGAACGUGAUGUACGUGCUGCAGGCGAUUGGCAUACCGAACUGGGGAUUCAGUGGCUGGAUCUUGAGCCUGAUAGCGCUGCGGCAGAACACGGCCGUGGCUGUGAUGAUGAUCCUGGUGUCCUUGUUCUUCACAGCAGUGGCUGUUUUGGGCAUCAUUAUGCUGAAAAAGAUCCACUCUCUGUACCGCCGGACGGGCGCCAGCUUCCAGAAAGCGCAGGAGGAGUUUGCCGCCGGGGUCUUCUCCAACCAGGCGGUGCGCACCGCUGCAGCCAACGCUGCCGCGGGUGCCGCCACCAAUGCCUUCCGGGCGCCCUAGCCAAGCGGGAGGCCCCGGCUUCUUCCUCCACGUGGGGCUUGUUCUAGGGAAGAGGAAAUCCAAGUUGCACUUUCAUUGGAUCCCCGUGUGUCUGCAUCAGCUGUCAGAGGCUGCCUCAUCCCAGCUUGGAAGUGCUGGUGCCUGAACCGUCUGCUGCUCUAACCCCUCUCCUCACGGAUGGAGGCUGUUCUGCUUUGUGCUCGUCCCCUUCCCUCAGCGGAUUGGGGAAGGAGCAGGACGGGAGGUGCUGUGACCAAGCCCCGUGGCUGUCAUCGCCCUCUCUUCCAGCUCCAGGAGCCUCCUCCAGACGGGUGACAGGGACCAAAACGGCUGCUCACCUUCCCUGGGCUCUCCCAUCUCCCCACCUGGUGAUGGCAUUUGUGUGCCCUGGGGCAUGAAGGGUUCCCCGUGUGCCUCAUCCCAGGGUGCGCAGGGGACGGCUCUUCCCUGGAGGCUUUUGCCUUCCCUUUGACGAGGGACCUGAUUCUCUGCCAAGAACAUCAUCCCUGUCUUCCCCCAAGGCCAGCCCUGGUGGGGUGGCGCUAGCUCUGUCCCCAGGGUGCUGAGCAGGGGGGCUGUCUCCCUCCCAUCCUUUUCCCCAUCCUUUCCCUCCCUGCUGAGCUGAGCCCGCUCCAGGUGCAGGGAUAAGGCGAGUGGGGCCAGGACAGGCACGUGCUGCUGGUGCGACUCCCUGCCUUUAGCUUGCGUGCCCAGCCGCAGCCAUCCGGGCCUGGGACGUGGGGGACCCCAAAGCCAGGCUGGGGUGGGCUCCUGGUGCCUCCUUACCUCCCUCUGCACCUCCAGCUUCUCCCUUCCUCCUUUCUGCGUGCCCUGGGGCCAGUGACCCCUCGCUCCCCAUGGCACUCUGCACCCAGAGCCAGGGCCUUCGCCCUCCUCCCUUCUCGGGGGCUGAGCCUAUUCCUGUGCCCGGCGCUGCCCAGUAUGUGCCCUCCGUCCCCGCUAGCACCUGCUGUCCCAUGUCCCUGGGCCUGGUACCGCGGCACUGGUUACGCUUUGCCCCCGGCUCUUCUCCGCUGCUCCUGGGUUUGUCCCUGCUGCUCCUGGGCCGGCGAGAGGGUUCGUGCCUUCAUCCGUAGGGGCCAGUGCACGCCUUGGGUCCUGCCCUGUCCCGCUGCCGUGGGGCCGAUGCUGGGCGAUGGAGGGGGUCCCUGCUCCGGCCGUGGCCAUCCCACCAUGGGGCAGCUCCAGCUGCGGCCCCCCACCCCCCCACACACCGUGUUGCUGUGCCCGACGCCAAGCCGCCUUCAGGUUUUAUUUAAGGAAUAAAUGAAGUUUCACUGCGU